AUGGCUUCCACAACUAUCAAAAUUGCCCUCGAUUGGACGCCAAAUACCAUCCACAGUGAUCGUGGACUUGACGUCGAGAUAUUAUCACCUGACGCUGAAUAUACCAAGACUCCAGCAAAAAGACUUGAAGCGGGCGAAGUCGAUUUGGCAAUCUGCCCCUCGGAGUCAUGCAUUGCCUACAACGAGACUGGCAAGAUGCCUCUCCAGGCAAUCUAUGUGAUACUCCAGCGCGAUGCUUCGGCUAUUGCCAGCACCCAUCUCGGAUCCAUGCGUGGACUAUCUGGCAAGAAAUAUGGCAGCUAUAAUGCUCGCUAUGAGGAUGCGAUCGUCAAGGCCAUGGUCACUCACGAUGGCGGCGAGGGCUCCGCUGUCGAGAUAGUCCAAUCAGAAGGCAAAUUGACCAUGUUCGAGGCGCUCCUGACAGGACGUGUGGACGCUACAUGGAUCUUUCUACCCUGGGAAGGAGUUGAAGCCGAGUCAAAAGCCAUCAAACUCAACCACUUUCCUCUCAAGGACUUUGACAUUCCAUAUGGUUAUUCGCCGGUCAUUGCCCGCAAUAAAGCGGCCAACCUAUCCCCGGAAACUCUAAAAGCCUUCCUGUCUGCCACGCAGCAAGGAUUCCAACACUCCAUCGACCAUCCCGAAGAUGCCGUCGAGGCCUUGCAUGAGCAUUGCGAGCCGCAGCGCUCCAGAGAAUUCUUACGCGCGAGUCAGACGAGUAUCAACCAAUUCUAUGCUGGAGAUGAGGGUUCACUUGGGACGAUGGCGCCUGCGAAGUGGAAUGCGUGGAUCAAGUGGUUGGUUGAGCGGGAGUUGAUUAAGGACUCGGCCCGCGUGCAGUCUGCUAGUAUUUUCACCAAUGAAUUCAUCGAAUGACAUGUUCCGUCGUUGUGAAGUGCUUGGGUUCGAUCUUGUGCAGGGGUGCGAAUUUCACUCUUUGGUGCGGUAUGAAAGAACGACUAGAUAUGAGAUAUUGUAUGUGAAAUGUGCGCCAGG